CUUGAAAAGAUCCCUUGACUCUCCCGUUCUGUGUUAUCAGAGCUCGGUGGUUGUAUAGUCAUGUCGAGAAUAAUUCGUUACAGGUUUUUGCAGGGAUUCCUCAAGCCUCGUCUUCCAAUCGGUCUGAAAUCUCAGCCGAUCACGGGUAUAUUGUCUCAUGGAUCACCAAGUUGUUGUAAUCCCUACAGCUUACGGACAAAGUACACAUCUAGUUAUGCCCAAGGCCGUGAUCUUUUCCCAAAUUCACCAGUCCUCGUCGGCAAAACCUUAGGCAAGGUCCUCGAUGAGGUUACGAAUGAAUAUCCCGAUCGAGAGUUCGUUGUGUUUCGUGAAGAUGGAAUCAGAAAGACUUACUUUCAAUUCCAACAAGAGGUUGAUCGCCUUGCAGCCGGAUUAGCAUCGAUCGGGGCGAAGAGGGGAGAUCGUAUCGGUAUCUGGGGACCAAACUCCCUAGAAUGGACACUCACCCUCUUUGCAUGUGCACGUUUAGGCGCCAUCUUGGUCAACCUGAGCCCAGCUUAUCUUGAGACAGAGAUCGAGUAUGCACUGAACAAGGCUCAUGUGAAGCUGUUAAUAUCAUCUAAACCAUUCAAGACACAAAGGUAUUACGACAUUAUCUCAAACAUCUGUCCUGAGUUAGAGAAAGCAGCACCCGGUCAUCUCAACAGUAAACGACUCCCAGAUUUGGAAUCCCUGAUCAUGAUGGGUAACGAUGAACAUCCGGGUUCCUUCACAUUUAGUGACGUCAUUGACAUGGGAAGGCAAGAACAUUUUGACACCGUUGAAAAGGAACAGAAACAUCUACAGUUUGACGACAUCUUUAACAUCCAGUUUACCUCAGGUACUACUGGUUCACCUAAGGCAACGUGUCUCACUCAUUAUCAUAUCGUCAAUAACUUGGUGAUCGUAGAAGAUGUCAUCAAAGACAGUGCAGUCGAAUCGGCAGCAUGUCUUAAUUUACCUCUGUUUCAUAUUGGCGGUAUGUCUGGUCUUCUCCUUGGGUUGAUCAACAAGAGUAAGACCAUCUUUCCUUCUGCUGCAUUCGAUGCGAUCACCUGUUUACGAGCACUGGAGGAAGAGAGAUGCACAGAUGUAUAUGCAGUUCCCACAAUGGUAAUCGAUAUCGUGAAUCACCCUGAUCUGUCGACAUUUGACCUAAGUUCUCUCAUGUAUCUGACAUCCGGCGGAAGUGCCAUGCCUUCACAAGUGCGCAAGGAUGCAGAAGAAAAAUUAGAAGUUCAGGCAACGGUUUUAUAUGGUAUGACAGAACUCGCUCUUGGUGCUACGGUGUCACUGAAUACUGACCCAGCAGAACAAAGGGCUAAAUCGGCAGGUCGUGUGCUCCCAUGGAUGGAGGCCAAGAUCACAUAUCCGUCAACGAACGAGAUCGUGGAUGUGAACACUCCCGGUGAGCUAUGUAUUCGAAGUCCUUGUGUGAUGUCGGGUUAUUACGACGACGAUGAGAAGACUAAAGAAACCAUCGAUCAUGCAAGAUGGCUUCAUUCAGGAGAUCUGGCUUCUAUGGAUGAGGAUGGGUAUAUUGAGAUCAUUGGUCGUACCAAGGAUAUGGUGAUUCGAGGAGGAGAGAAUAUAUUCCCAGCUCAGAUAGAGGCAUUGCUGCAUGAAUACCCAAAGAUUGAAGACGUUCAGGUGGUUGGUGUUCCCGACCCGAGAAUGAUUGAAGAACUAUGUGCGUGCGUCAAACUGAAAGCCGGAGAAACAUCAUCCGAAAAUGAAAUAAAAAGCUUCUGCAAAGGAAAGAUUUCCUAUUUCAUGGUCCCACGCUAUGUUCAGUUUGUCGACUCCUAUCCACUCACACCAAGUGGAAAGGUUCAAAAGUUUAAGCUGAGAGAGGACAUCAUCAAAGUGAUGAGAGAAGAAGGGAAAUUGCAGGAUUAAUAUUUCACUGAUUUUAAAUGACUUUUAACAGCAUAUAUAUAUAUGUACUUUCCAUGUUGGCAGGGAGAUGGUCAAAAAGGCCCUAAUUUCGAGUAACUGAAGGUAUUUGUAAAAUUAGCGCAUCUUAAACAUAUAGGCCUAUAGUCUCAUUAUAAUUCCAAGGUUAUAUUUAUCUUCAUCUUUUAAUUAUACAGGUAUAUACCAGCUUAUAGGCCUACAUAGUUGAAAUGAAAGUAGAAUAACCUUGUAAUGGAACUCUUUUUUAAAUGAAUGAUCAAAUUCUGUAUUUUAUUUAUGUCUGUCGGUGUAUCCCACCACAAGCCUUUGCUUUAAGGGUAUAUGUCUUCGUCUAUAAACCUAACAUGUACAUAUUCAAUAUCCUUCAUAACAAACUGAUUUUUUGUAUGAAUUUAUGUUUACGAAAAAUGUGGAAUUUUGUGAAUUGGAAAAAAAUAGAUGUAUAUUUGGAUUUAAAAUUUUUGAAUUGGACUCUUUAGCAUACAUGGUGAUAUGCUGCUACGUUAUUUGUGUAAAAAUAAAUAGCCUCUCUUUAUUCGUAAUUCCAUAGCUGAAUUGAAUUUCUGAAAAACAGGGAAGCUCUUAAAUCAUGCCUUGCCUUAUUUGGAACCUGAGUGACUAUAAUUAUCAAUUAUGAAUUGGAAUUUUUCUAUUAGGCGUUCUUGUUCAUUGCACAGUGUAAACAAAUUUUUCAUUUCAUUUCAUUUAUUGGUUUCUGCAACACUUUUUCAUGAACAUAUUAACAAAGAAAAUACAAUAAUAAUAUACAUAUAACUGACAAGCAAAACAUACAAAAAAUAAUAAUAAUGCAUUUUCUAUUAAAACAUCGAUUAUUAGAAGGUUGCAAAUUUCGACCCAGUACUAGAAAAACAAUGCAACGCGUAUACUGAAGGACUUUCAACUUGCUUUUAUCUCGUAUAGUAUUUGACUCCGAACCUCGAAAGUCCUUUAGGAUUUGAAGUGCAGUAUAAUUGUGGUUCAGCAUUUCAAAAUCUUUCAUUUUUUUACUCACAUUGUCAGUUGCGGCACCAGGAUUUUUAAAGGCUAAUACCUUUUUCAGUAACUCUUUAUUUUGGUCCGCAUUACCUUAGCAGCCCCGCACUAAAAUAGUACGCUCUGGCACAUACCAGUAAGAGAUCUGCGCUAUACUUUUACGAUGGCGCUGGUCUGGUGCUGAUAAAAGCAACACUAACAUUGCUCGGGAAUGGCGCGGGCGCCAUUCGUAAACUCAAAAUUUUACGACUUAGUCCAGGCCUGGUCUGGACCAACGAGGUACUGAAAGGGGUAUUGAACAACUGGCACGAUGGUUCGAAUUGGGGGCAUUAUGUCCCAAUGUCCACCUCCUCUUGGUGCCGCCAUUGCGCAUUUAUAUUCAUCAGCAUACAGUCAUGAUUGUUAUUAUCUUGAGAAUAAAUAUCUGUUUAUCUGCUUGCACAAUAAAAUGUAUCAAUAUCACCUGAGAGUAAUAAAUUUGUAUAUAUAUU